AUGCCUGGGAUCGACCCGGGUGUCGCAUGUCACAAGUUAAAUAUAGACCCAAGAUUCAAGCCUUACAGGCAGCGUCAACGACGUUUCGCCCCUGAGAGGAAUAAGAUUAUCAGUGACGAGAUUGACCGCCUCCUUGAGGUAGGCUUUAUACGUGAAGUGUGGUGCCCAACUUGGGUCUCAAACGUGGUGGUAGUAAGAAAGAAGAAUGGAAAAUGGCGAGUGUGUGUAGAUUAUUCGAAUCUAAAUAAGGCAUGCCCUAAAGAUUGUUAUCCGCUCCCCAAGAUUGACCAACUCGUGAACGCGACUACCGGGUGUGAGCGUCUAUCUUUCUUGGAUGCAUAUUCCGGUUAUAACCAGAUACCUAUGGCCCCUGAAGAUCAAGAGAAAACAGCGUUCAUUUCAGAACGAGGCCUGUAUUGCUAUACAGUCAUGCCGUUCGGCCUCACCAACGCCGGUGGGGCCUAUCAGAGGCUCGUCAAUCGAAUGUUCAAAGAUUUACUUGGGAAAACUAUGGAAGUUUACAUCGAUGAUAUGGUGGUUAAAAGCAAGCAUCGGAAGAAUCACAUAGAGCAUUUACGGGAAGCAUUCGAGAUACUAAGGCAGUAUGGCAUGAGGCUCAACCCGACCAAAUGCGCGUUUGGGGUAUCAUCAGGACAGUUUUUGGGACAUCUUGUGAGUAAAAGGGGGAUUGAGCCGAACCCAGAGAAGGUCGAAGCCAUCGUGCAAAUGCGCGACCCAGAGACGAAAGAGGAUAUACAAGUGUUAACCGGUCGUAUCGCCGCAUUGAGUCGCUUUAUUUCUCGGCUAACUGACCGAUGUAAACCCUUCUUCCGUGCAUUAAAAAAUAAGCAAGCCAACUUUUGGGGACCAGAGCAGUCAGAAGUGUUGGCUAAAUUGAAAAAAUACCUAUCUGGCAGACAGUUUCUCUCUGUGCCCCGCGAUGGCGAGCCCCUUUGCGUUUACUUGGCAAAAUCAGAUGUGGCAACCAGCACCGCUUUGUUCAGGGAAGAGGGAUAUCGACAAGAACCCAUAGCCUAUACGAGCCGCAGCCUCCUGGAUGCCGAAACAAGGUACUCCUCGUCCGAAAAAGUAAUCCUCGCCCUGGUUACGGCAAAAAGGAAGUUGCGACAAUACUUCGAGGGGCAUAGCAUCACAGUAUACACCAAUUUGCCGAUUCAUGCCAUCCUGUCAAAACCAGACACAUCCGGAAGAAUGGCCAAAUGGGCAAUCGAGCUAAGUGAAUUCGGCAUUACAUAUAAGCCAAGGUCGGCGCUCAAGGGUCAGGCGUUAGCAGAUUUCUUGGUUGAGGGUCACUUCCCAGCAUCGAUCCCAGAGAUCUCGUGGAAGGACCCAUUUUGGGAGAUGCACGUCGACGGUGCAUCCAAUUUCUCAGGAGCAGGGGCAGGCAUUUUACUUCAAAGUUCCGAGGAUGUCCAGAUCGAGUGCGCGGUUCAUCUCAAUUUUCCGGCAUCAAACAACGUGGCUGAAUAUGAAGCUUUGGUAAUGGGCUUAACCCUGGCAAAGAAGCUGCGAAUCCGACGCUUGCAGGUAUAUUCCGACUCACAACUAGUUGUCAACUUGUCUAAUGACGACUACGCCGCCAAGGACAGACGUACGUCCAGUUACCAAGACUUGGUUCGAGAUUUGAUGCGCGGAUUCGAGCAACUUUCAUUGGUCAAAGUACCUCGUGAGAAGAAUUCCCGUGCGGAUGAGUUGGCUAAGGCCGCUUCAGGUUGCACGGAGGUCAUCAACAUCGUUAAGAUCGAGGUGCUCGAAGGACCAAGCAUUGAAGGGAACAAGCCGCGACGACAAGUCAUGGCGGUCGACUCAGUUCCGAACGACUGGAGAGGUCAAAUUGUGAAUUACCUUGAAUUUGGCAUACAACCAGACGAUCCAAUUGAGGCAAGAAAACUCAGGAUGAAGGCUGUGCGGUACCUAGUUAUCGAGGACGAACUUUUUAAACGCUCAUUUUCCGGACCCCACCUUCGAUGCCUGGGACCUUCUCAGGCAAGACUCGUCCUUGAAGAAAUUCAAGAAGGGUCAUGCGGGGCACACCUCGGCGGCAGGACCCUUUCUCAUAAGAUACUCUCUCAAGGAUACUAUUGGCCAUAUCUCUUGCGGGAGGCCGAACAAUAUGCUAAGAAAUGCAAGCAAUGCCAACGGCACGCUCCAGUAAGCCAUUCGCCUGCAGAAGAGCUUCAUGCAUUAUCCGGCCCAUGGCCUUUCGCCAGAUGGGGCAUGGAUAUAGUCGGCCCCUUACCAACGGCACCAGGAGGACUCAAGUACGCGCUACUUGCUACUGACUAUCACACGAAAUGGUUCGAAGCAGAUUCAUAUGCCACGAUAACGGGAGAGACCGUGGCAACAUUCACAUGGAGGAACAUUAUAUGUCGAUUCGGUAUCCUGCGGUAUAUUAUAUGCGACAACGGAACACAAUUCAAUAACCAGAAGUGUAGAGCUUUCUGUAACCGACAUGGGAUCACGUUGCGUUUUUCCUCACGGAGUUACCCACAGGGUAACGGUCAAGCCGAAAUAACAGAUCGUACUAUUUUCGACGGAGUCAAGCGGCGAUUGGAGCGUAAACGAGGCAAAUGGAGUGAGGAGUUGCAACAUGUUCUUUGGGCCUAUCGCACCACACGUCGGAAGCCAACCGAUGAAACUCCGUAUGCCUUGACUUAUGGUAUGGAGGCUGUCAUCCCUACUAAAAUCAUUCUCCCUACAGUCAGAACUCUUACCGUUGAAAAGGGAGAUAACGAGGAGCAAAUAGCAAGGCACCUGGAUCUCCUCGAUGAAAGGCGAGAUGCCGCCGCCAUUCACCUUGCCAAUUAUCAGAAUCAAGUGGCAAGAUAUUUCAACAAAGGUGUCCGGCCGCGCGCGUUCCGGGUGGGAGAAUUUGUUCUGAAAAGGGUGGUCGAGGAUAUCAAAGACCACGGCGCGGGCAAAUUCAAACCUGUUUGGGAAGGGCCUUACCAGAUAACUGAAGUCUACAGCAAGGGGGCAUACCGACUCAGGAAUAUAGACACUGGACGUGCACUACCCCGCCCGUGGAAUGCUAUCUAUUUGAAAAAAUAUUACAGUUAA